AUGAAACCGCUGCCCUUUCCGGUGGCCCUGAAUAUCGGUACGGACAUCGUACAUCUCCCCCGUAUCACGCGCCUCCUCCACCGCGGCGACUACCUGACACGCUUCACGCGACGCAUCCUCCACGACCAUGAACAACGCGACUUCCGCACUCGCUUUGCCCUGCCGGCUGCCACGAAUCCGCCAAACCCACGCGCGAAUCCGAAUCCGAAUAUCACGGACAUGGCCCGCUGGCUCGCUGGUCGGUUCGCCGCCAAGGAAGCCGCACGCAAGGCUGCACCGAAUGGAGCGGCGAGCCUGGGAUGGAAGGACGUAAUGGUACGGGUGAGCGAGACGGACAGGGGCAGACCGGAAAUAGUCUACUUGGACGGAGAGACGCCCCGCAUUGGGAAGCUGUCCAUCUCACACGAUGGGGACUCGGACCAGAUGGGAUGCGAGCUUCGCUCCAUGGGUUUAAACCGCUCGUCGGCGCGGUGGCUACGUGUCUCGUCUACUGGGAGUGGGAUUGGACAUUGGAGUGGAGGACAAGGUACCUCGGUGCGUCUAACCGUGGAGCAUUCCCGUUGCAACAACCUCAGCGACAAUCCAGCCCUUCGAUGGGAAGCACUACGAGGUUGGCGAUAUGGCUACAGUCAGGGCAGGCGCUUGGGCACAUCUGCAACCCGUAUGUGUCGAGCCGAGUGUCUGUGCAUUGAUUCGGCAUCCAAAAGACCUCACUCCUUCAUCGUCAACUCCACAUCGGCAAUGCCUUUCUCACAUCAUAGCCACUCCGGGCAAUUCUGCCCGGGGCACGCCAAAGACUCGCUGGAGGAGGUCAUCCAGCUCGCCAUCACCAAGAAAUUCCAGGUCUUCUGCCUGACCGAGCACAUGCCGCGGGCCCAAGAAGAUUUCUAUCCAGAAGAGAUCGAGGCAGGCAACACGGAGACGGGCCUGGUGGCCAACGAAGCCGCGUACUUCCAGGAGGCGCAACGGCUGCGCGAAAAGUAUGCAGACCGGAUCAAAAUCCUGAUCGGGUUCGAAAUCGACUGGAUCCGUCCGGAAUCCCGCACACUCAUUGAGGCAUCUCUGGCGCGUCACCCCUUCGAGUUCUUCAUGGGCUCCGUCCACCACACGUUGACGAUCCCCAUCGACUACGACCGGGAUAUGUACGUGCAAGCGCGGGAUCUGGCCGGCGGUACGGACGAACAGCUCUUCCAGGUGUACUUCGAUGAGCAGUAUGAGAUGCUGCGGCAGCUGAAGCCGCUAGUCGUGGGGCAUUUCGAUCUGAUCCGGCUGAAGAGCGACGACCCCGAACGCAGCUUUACCCAGUGGCCUGCCGUUUGGGAACGCAUCCUGCGGAAUCUAGACUUCGUCGCCUCAUACGGCGGGCUGUUGGAGUUGAAUUCGGCUGCACUGCGGAAGGGCAUGAGCGAGCCGUAUCCCAAGGCGGAGAUUUGCAAGGAAUUCCUGGCGCGAGGAGGUCGUUUCUGUUUGUCCGAUGACAGCCAUGGGCUCGACCAGGUGGGGUUGAACUUCCAUCGUGUGCUGGCCUUUGUGGAAGCCGUAGGUAUCUCGACGUUGCAUUAUUUGGAUUUGGCAGAUGAGCCGGCCGUGGACGACCGAUUUCCGCGGACCCAGAUUCGGUCAAUAUCAUUGGAGGAGAUGAAGACGUUGGCAUUUUGGCAGUAG